CCAACACAACAAUUUUUGGGGGCAGAGCGCGUCGGAUUGAGUUUUGCCAAUUUUCAAACAAUAAAAACAUUUGAGGGUUUCGCUCCAUAAAAUCCCCCCCAAAUCUUUACCCGAACCAUAUAAAAUUCAAAAUUUCACAUCCCAGUUUUUGUUCGAAUUUCCCCCUUCCUGUUUACUUCAUAUCAAGUAGCCAGGAAUUCCUAUUUUUCUUGCCGGGAACAAUUACAAAAUGGUGCGAACGGUAAAACGGGAGUUGAUCGACACUCGAGGAAACAGUACUAGGAGCACCAGAACCAGUGCACAAGAAAUACACGAAGCAUCAGGUGCCAACGAGAAUUGUGAUUCUGUGGGAGCCGAAGAUAAUAAUAUCCAACGCAGAGUCCUUCGGUCGAAAUACCUUACCGUUAAGAAUCGGAUAAGCGAUGAGAAAGAUUGUAUAUCAAACGUUGAUUCAGAUAAGUUCAAAUCAAUAAUUGAAGAGGUUGAUAGCUUACAUCAGCUAGUUACAAAACCAAGGGAACAAGUAGCAGAUGCAGAAGCCCUGUUUGACAUCACAAACACCUUGGUUACCUCUGUGAAAGCAUAUACCAAUGAAGGAGUCACCCCUUCAGAUUUUGUUACUUGUCUGCUUAGGGAUUUCGGGCAACAAGGUGGUCCGGGUAGUAGCCAAGAUGAGGGCAGGAAUUCAAUACGUUGGAAAGACAUUGGUCUAGCUGUCUCUCAUGUGUUCAGGAGUGCUUAUGGGUGCCGUACGAUGCUUGGACCUAUGAAUACUGAAUUGAAACAACGCAAGAAUGUUGUUCCUAGAAAGCGCUCAAAACCAGUGGAAAGAGCUCAGCCUGAAGAGCUUGAUGGAACUGCUACUGAGGAGAAAACUGACACCGAUAAAAAUAUGGCAACAAUGUUUGAUAUCCUAAGGAAGAAUAGGAGAGUCCAUCUUGAAAAUUUAAUAUUAAACAGGAACUCCUUUGCACAGACCGUGGAAAAUUUAUUUGCUCUAUCAUUUCUAGUUAAAGAUGGACGGGCUGAAAUAAAAGUGGAUGAGAAAGGCUGCCAUAUAGUUACUCCAAAGAAUGCUCCUGAUGCCAAUGCAGUUCAAGCUGGUGAUGUCUCAUACAGCCAUUUUAUAUUCAGAUUUGACUUUAGAGACUGGAAGUUGAUGCUGUCCUCUGUUGCGGUGGGAGAUGAAUUAAUGCCACACAGGAAUACAGUAAACAUAUCAAGUAGUACUCAACCAUCUUUUGAAGAAGCUCAAGCAGCAUUGCCUACUACCCCGAUAAGAAAAUUGUGCAGGAACCGAGGUCUGGUCAUGCAGGAGCACACAGUAGUUGAAGACUCUCCUCAAAGUGGAGAUUUAACUGGGGUGGCAGCAAUUCGCAAGGGAAAGAGAAAGCUUCAGUGAAAAGGUAACAGAAACUGAAUGCAACCAUCAUUGUCUUUCAAGGAAUGCUUCUUGUUAAAUAGCUUUUUGGUUGAAGAAUAUUUUAAAACUGAGAGCUGCCAAAUUAUGAAUGUCUAAAUUAUAGUUCAUCCUUGUAUAUAAGCUAGUAUUAUCAGUGUAGUGAAAGCCUGCAGUUUGCAUGUAAUCCGCUCUAAACUUAUUAGUGACUAAAUGGACAUUUAUGUUGAAGCUUGCCAUUGUGAUAUAUUGGAUGCAUAUAACUUAA